AUGCGUACAAAGUAUGACCAAACGCUCAAGUACCUAAACAAUGUGGUAGACUUUGGAGAGCAUAACAAUAAUGUACUUCAACGAAAUAUUCUACCACGAACCGAGUCUGGGUAUAGAGACAAACUAAUUCUUUUCGAUAUGUUUCUCAAGUUACAUCCACAGGCGACCACUCCUCCAGAUAUCCAAACUUGUCGCGCCUUUAUGGAGUGGAUAGGGUGGGGAAAACACGGUCGGAUUGAGGAGAGGCCGACUGUUGAAACAAUGCUUGGGCUUUUUAGGGAAUUCGCUACUAGCCUGAAGAGAGAAAGGAGCAUUGAACUCCCGUCCUCUACCAGAACCACGAUAAAUGAAUUUGUUCUUGGUGAGCUGAAGGUGAAGAUCUCUCUUUCAACCAAGUCAAUGGAUAAAGAUGGGGGUGUGUCCCCAAAUGAUUUGACUAUCUUAAUGACUCAGUUAUGGUGCCGUGAUCAUUAUGAGUAUCGUGGUAGCCCUCCCGAUCGAGCCAGAGUCCAGCUAAGCGCUGCUAUGCUCUUAUACUGCUUUACUACUGCGCGGACAGGAGAACACUUUUUACUCACUGUCGAGGUUGUGGAUGGUACGAUUAUACUUGUAUUAACAUACCAGCGUGAGUUUGUCAAAGGAUUCUGGAGAAAGCAAAAGUGGAGUAUUCCGACAUAUGGAUUCUAUGAGAUAUAUGUUGAGGAUUUCCCUAUAUUCCUUAAUCUCCUGACUUUCUUUUUACCAAUGGCAACCGCGGACCACGCUUUUCAAAAUUAUAGGUCUAUGAUGGAAAUUCUUGAGGCGGUUGAAAAGCAUCAGAAAGUUGGCAAUGCCGGUUCGAGGAUUCUCAAGUUGAUUCAUAUGCGUGAGGAUAUGAAGGAAUUACCGGUAUUCCGGCAAGAUCUCGAGCAUGCCGUUGGUGACUAUAAAGGCAAUACUACUAGAAAGGGCGCAAACUAG